AUGCCUCAUCGUUUUCGACUACCAUUAAGAGCACCUAAAGAAGGACAAGAUAGUUUUUUCUUAUGGAGUAUGGUUAUUCUACCUAUUGUAGCUGAUGGUUCAUAUAUAUUUGAUGCUUACUAUUAUUUAUUCCAUGAUGCUCAUAUUCAUCGUUAUCAGGGACUAAUUUCAACUAUUCUUGUUGUUUUUACAUACUUACGUUAUUGUGUACCAAUUGCAUCACAUAGAAUACUUGCUGGUUAUUAUAUUUUAUUAUGUUUAUUAACUGAAACGGGUACUAUUGGUUAUUUAAUUGUUUAUUGUAAAAAACAAAAUUAUAUUGAUAUAAUGAUUUAUUCAGGAUGGGCAAUAUUAGAAUUAAUAACAACAUGUUUUUUUAAUAUAUUAUCGUUUAUACUUGCAAUAUUUAUACCAUUUUUUAUUAGUAAUACAUCACCUGUAUUAACAAAACAUUCAAUAGCAUUUUUUUUACUAUUCGAAUUUUUCUCUGAUUCAUAUUGCCGUUUUCAAGGUUUUUGGAUAAAAUCAAAUUUGUAUAUAUUUGUAUGUGCAGUAACUGUAUGUGUAGCAACAGAAUGGAUUUAUGCCAAUGAACAUAAAGAAGUCUAUGAAAUACUGUCAUCAGUAUUUGAAUUAAUAUCAGCAGUGUUAUGUAAUACAUUAAUUAUUCUUCAAUUUAGUCCUUAUCAUUUUAAACCAUUAAGUUUAUCGAAAAUUGCUCGUAAAAGAAGAAGAAUUCAACAAACAAAUGACAAAGAAACACGCAUCGAAAUGGGAUCUGAUACAGAAUUGGAAGAUGAAAAACUCAAUAGAGACACUCAUUGA